UUCAGUCUUUUAUACGAAGAAGCCAAGUAUUACCAGCUGCAGCCGAUGAUCAAAGAACUGGAGCGAUGGAAGCAGGAGAAAGAGCAACAGAAACAUUUCCAGCCCUGUGACUGCUUGGUGGUGAGAGUGACGCCGGAUCUUGGGGAGCGGAUCGCAUUGAGCGGGGAGAAGGCGCUGAUCGAGGAGAUCUUCCCAGAGACGGGGGAUGUGAUGUGCAACUCGGUGAAUGCUGGCUGGAACCAGGACCCCACCCACGUCAUCCGCUUUCCCUUGAACGGGUACUGCCGGCUGAAUUCGGUGCAGGUAUUGCUGCCCUUCCACCCUCCUCUUUUUUCUCGGCAGAAGAAUCCACUCCGCUUUUGUGUCCCUCCAUCCGGUGCCCAGCCGCGGGGGAUGCAGGAGGCUAUCGUGGCUGGAAACAGAGCCUGGACGAGUGAUGUCAAACUGGCCACGCCCACCCUGGCCAUGCCCCCUCCGCCCCCCAGAG